AGGCGUGAAUGCUGUGAUCACCGUGUGGAGAGAGCUGAGCUCAGGGCAGAAGCUUUAGGACCUCGGGGGAAAUUAUCUCCAGCUCGCUUCCACUGACAGUAAUCUACAAUUUGCAUCUGCAUGCAAAACCACAGCAGCGCCUGUUUCACACGAAACUGAAAGAGCCGGAUGGUGAUCUGACAGCUUGAGAAGGAGGAAGAGCUCAGAGGAGAGAUGGGGGCAUUUCACUCCGUCCCUGACGAUCACCAAUAUCAUAUUCUGUCUGAGAAGACGGGCUUCUCAUUGGAGCAGAUUGGGAUUCUUCACAACCGCUUCAAGCAGUUAAGCCACAACAGUGAUGUGCUACGGAGAGACGAUCUGAACACGAUUCCAGAUCUAGCAAGCAAUCCAAUUAAAUCUCAAAUUGUGGAGGCUUUCUUUGAUGGAAGAAACCUCCGUAAAGACAGUGAAGGCCCAGUGCAAGAGAUCGGCUUUGAGGAGUUCCUCAUUGUCAUGUCGUAUUUCAGACCACCGUCUGUGCACAUGACAGAAGAGCAGAGAGAAGGGAUAAGGAGAGACAAACUGCGCUUCCUGUUUAAUAUGCACGAUACUGACAAUGAUGGGACCAUAACACUGGAGGAAUACAGACAUGUGGUAGAAGAGCUGUUGUCUCGGAGUGGGUCGCUCGGGAGGGAGACGGCCAAGGGCAUUGCAGAUGCUGCUAUGCUGGAGGUUGCCAACAUGUCAGUGGGUCGUAUGGGUCCAGAUGAAGUUUAUGCAGGGAUCACAUUUGAGCAUUUUUUGAAGAUUCUGAAGGGAAUCGAAAUUGAAACGAGGAUGCACAUUCGCUUCUUGAACAUGGACACAACGGUUCUCUGCAAGUGAUGGAGGAAGGAUAAGCUAGGGUUGAAAUCAAAGGUACUUGAUUCCUUUCUGCACUCUAUCUGUAGCAUUAAGCAUUAAGCUGGCAAAGUACUGUUGUACUGCAUUAGAUCAAUAUCUUAUCCAACAUUCAGUCACAGAGUGUGGAUUCUCUAAGAUUGGCAUGUUUCUAAGAUGUCUCUGUGUCUCUUCAUUUUCAUAUUGUACUGCAUGUAUUGCACCAAUGUGCAGAACCACAGUUGCAUGGAGAAGUGACUUAGAGCAGUAUUGUGAUGUCAUUUAUCCUCUUACUUAUAAGCAAUACUUGUAGAAAGAUCUGUAGCAAGUGGAAUGUGUAUCACUGCCUAUGACAAUAGUCCUAUUCCUCUUGAUCUUACUGUACGGACUGCUAUGCAAAUCCAAAAACAUAUAUACUGUAUUCAGGGGCAUGAAAUAUUUAUAGCAAUAAUAAUCUCAAAUGAUCAUCCUGAUCACUAUAUUCAUACGAAAGUAGUGAUAUAUGCUUUCAAUACUGUUAAAGAUGAGGUUUAUUCAUUUACUGACCUAUGACUGUAUGCACAUACAGACUGUAUGCACUUUAUGUCUUCAUAUUAAUAUACAUUUUAUAAAACCUAUAACAAUGUCUC